ACCAGAAAAACAAUACCUUCUUGAAACGUAUCAACAUAAUUGAUUUAAAUAUUUUUCAUUAAUGAAACGAAAUUCCUCAAAAUAAUGCGCCACUAGUUAGAGACUAUUAUAAUUUUUAUAAAAAUAAUACUUUGUUUUAAAAAUUUUCUCACUUGGUUGCUCUAUUACAAACUACCAUUCAUCAGGCUUGUAUUGUUCUCGUCUUAAAAAUUGUUAAUACAAAUUUGUUUGUGAAAUAAAAUGAAAUUAAAUCAACUUGAUUCAAACACCAGGGCAAUUAUUAGCAUAGGAUAAUUAUCAUGCAGUUCCAUUUUGCUUUCUUUGUACCUUGGCACAUAUUUAAUAUGCUAAAAUUAUAAAUUUAUUGUUAUUUAAUUAUACAAGGAAUAUGAAAUCCACACCAAUGACGUCAUUAGAUUACAAGAUGAAAAACGUUAAAGUUAAAGAUAAUACUUGCAUAUGUUAUUGAGCCUGCAUUAUAUGAAAAGCAUUUUAUGUAUACAUAUAUAGAUAACGUUAGCAGCUUGUAUCGUGUUUGAAAGUUUUAAAUCAUUUUUCUUUUCUGCAAGUAAAACAAGUGAUUGCAUGACAGUGUUUUGAAUUUUGAACGCAGUAGGGAUAUCUCGGUGAACCGCAAGACAGGGAGUUUUCUUUUCCGUUCCAUAAACGAAAUAGCAUUUAUAGGUUAAGGAGCUUUACUUUAAAGAGAAAUAAUGGGCGUCAAGUGGGAUUUUACGGCUAUUUUCUUAAUUCUUAUUGUUGCAAUUCCAAGCAACAUGGGUCAAGGUUCAGAAUCUUCAGUCGAUUCUAACGUCGUAAAUUCAGAGGAGGAGGAGGAAGUUAUUGAAAUUGAAUCAGUUUUUGACCCUCCUCCACGGCCCAACAUACCCUGCAAAAGUGGCGAGACUUUUGACAAUAGAAUUGGACGAUGCAGGCUGGCCAUAGACACAGACACAGCAGUCCCAGCAAGCAUUAUAACUGGCCCCAAUCGUCAAUGCUCAGAUGGGCAAGUCUACGACCCGCGAACAGACUCAUGCCGAGAAAGUGCUGAAGAAAAAGCAGGUCGUCAGAAACAAGGAAUCAUAAUAACUGCCCCCGACCGCCAAUGCCCAGAUGGACAAGUUAAUGAUCCGCGAACUAAAACUUGCCGAGAAAAGUUGGAAGAAGCAGAAGAGGUGAUUGGAAUAGAAAUGGUAAAUAAAGUCGUGGUAGAUUCUCCAUCACGGGAUUCCAAGUCAUUAAAAUGCCCUAAUGGCGAGGUAUGGAAUGAAAGAUCAGGAUCGUGCCGGAAAAUAGUUGGCGGCGUCGGCUCAAAUGGUGGAGAGCUGUAGAAUACUUCACUUGUAUUAAUUUCAAAUAGAACGUUGUUUGUCGUUUUGAGAAGAUACAAUCUUCUAGUAUGUUUUUUUUUUUUUAUUAGGGUCAGGCCAAGACAAAGUCUUGUCGGCCUGUGCCCUUUAUUGGUGGUACAGAAGGCACCACCCAAUUAAUUUUUUAUUUUUAUUUUUGGGUUCAACUUUAUUUAAAAAAUCAUCAUUUUUUGCUGGCAUAUCCUUAAUUUUGGUCCACGCGAUGAUGUUGUUUCAAAUUUCUAAUUAUAACAAAAUUCUUUGUAUUUUCUUCAAUGUAGAAUGUAGUUUUACCCUACAUAGGGUUCAUUAAAGAAAAAAACUGCAAUUCAAUUUUUAUACUAAAUUUUAUUGCUUAUUGGCUAGCUAUUGUUAUAAAAUAAAAUAAAUUUAGUGUUAAUAUAAACAUUAUAAUCAUAUUUGGUAUAAAAAUAAUUUAAAUAAAAUUAAGAAAAAUAAAUAUAAUUCUAUACUCAAUUUUUUUGCAGGAGGGUAAAAUAAAAAUAAUCAAUGAGAAUUGUCCAUAUUUAGGACAUACACGUGACUAAUAAAGCGAGUUGUCUUUUUUUUUACUGAAAAAUAUUAUGCGCAUUUUGUUUU